AUGGAGGAAGCGGGAGCUGCCCUGCCGCCUGUGGGCAGGAUGCAGGUGCUGACACCUCAGCAAUUGUCGGCGCUCAACGAAGCCAAGGUGAUGAUCCGCAUGGACAACGAGCAGUACCUGCGAGACCACCCGGACGUGGCGAAGCUCAUGCGCGCUCUGGUCCGCGGCAUUCUUCGGAAUCGGCCCGCCAAUCCGAGCACUUACGCGCACAAUUUUUUCACGAGGGACCGCGCAGUUAUCCGCCAAGACCUAGACGCGAAGGAAUAGAGCGAGGUAAACGAACGAAGCACUAUGACAACUUGAAGCAAUGCAAUAUG